CGCGGCUGAUGCAACGGCGGCGGGUGCGGGGCGCGGCCCGGCCGCGGGGGUGAGGAGCGGAGCGGAGCGGGACUGGACGUGGCACCUCGCAGCUGCGGCCCGGCCGGUCGUUUCGCUGCCCCUUACCGAAAGGCUUGGAGCGGCUUGAUUUAGGGUUGUGGUGGGUUUUGUUCUCUUUAUUCUUGGCGUAGAACCAUAUAGAUGUUGUGUGGUAGAAUUAAGACGUGAACCAGCAGAUCGUUCUGGGGCUUUGGACCCGAGUUGCGCAGAGGUGAAAUAACGACCUUAUAAACAACUCCGUGCCUCGCUGUUAGAUAACGCCAAUAGUGCUCUCUGCGCUGAAGUGCUGAAAUCGCCGCAGCGGUACGCGCGGACCUGUGGCAGCGCCCUGCUUGAGCAUCUUUCCUUAGCAAGGUCUUCAGAACGUACAUCUUGAGUUUGAAAGACAGAAAAUUCAGAGCUUGUCCUCGGAAAAGCAGCGUGUGUAUAGAUGCUCUCAGGUACAACACUGAGGCCAAUUUGCACGAGCUCAUUAAUAGAAGGAUUUCUUUUUUAAUGAUAUUAAGUUGGCAAAAUGAGGAAUAAGGCUGCUCCUGAAUGAGGACUAGCUCCAAAGAGAGAGAUAAUGACUUCAAAGCCUUCUCAGUUACUUGGUUUUGGAGUGCACACUUUGCUUUGCACUUACUAAGUGGUGUGAUUCCUGCUACAAGUGGCACAGAGCAUUGUGGGCAGAGCUGGUGUUUAGAUCAUGCAACAUUAAAACAGGACGUAAGUGUAAAGCCAGUGCAAUACCAGCAUAAAAAUUAGAGCAUCACUAUGAAAUUUUAACAUAAGCUUGUUCUGUAAUGUCUAAGAGCUUUUAGCCCCAAUGUACACUAAGAAAAGUUGCAGUUAUUUUUUCAGGUUUUGUAACACAUAGCUAACUCUUAAAUGCCACUUGUUUAAUCCUCUACAGUAGGCACUAUCUUCAAAAAUGUUUGCAGACAAUGCUGAUAUGUUCAGUUUUGGUGGAGAUGGCCUUUUUGUAAAUGGCCUCUCCCUGACCCAGGGAAAGCCAGAAGUAUUGCCACGGACAGCACUAUAAAGGCUCUGCACCAAAAGUCGGUGAGUGGAAUUCACACGUGCUUCUGCCAUUUGCGUAUAACCUUAGUUAAGGGUUUACUUUUGGGAAUGAAGCAUUGGAUAGGAAGUUAUUUAUCCAAGCAUUUACAAAAAUUGUCAGGGCUAGUCUAAAGCCCCUGGGAAUGAGCCGUUUCAGUCUAGCUAAGCUACAAGACAACUUAGAUUUUUUUUCUCAAUUUCUAUUCUUUAUUGCUUACAAAAUGAAAACUGUUCUUCAUGGUCAAGACACUACAGUUCUAGGGGAGCCCUGUGACUAUUCUGGGUGUUUGGUCCUCAGCCUCUUAGCUGCCAGCUAAUUCAGAAAAAUAUACACACUUUAUAAAGUCAGGUUUCUCCUCUAUGCAUAACAAAAAAAUUAUUCUUGCCCAACUUAAAUGUCUUUUGAAUACAAGCAGACACAGGAAGAAUCUGACCUUCAGAGGUGAAAGAUUUUUAUGAUGACAUCAGUUCUGCAAUCGAAAUUGAGAUUUAAUGAUUGCUGCAGCUACUGGUCCUGCUAGUUAACAUCAUACGUAUUGCUACCAGUUGGUUCUGUUAACACAUUUCCUCUGCCUUGACUGAGCACGCUCUUGGAACUUCAGCUUCAUGCUUUUUAUUAUGUUGCCAGGUAGUACUUAUUGUUGCAAUACCAUUGUUCUUCUCUAGAUUCAGCAAAAGCCUGUCAAAAUGAUAGAUUCCAUUUACAUUAAUAUAUUGUUGAGUUUUGGUAUUUUAAACCCCAAACCUAUGCAGAUAUGUAACUACUUUUUUCACAGUGUUGGCUGACAUUGAUUCAUAAUCUAAUCAACCUUCAGAGUUAUACCCUCUAGAGGUAGUACCAGUUGGUCAUUACUAGGAGGUAACGUAGACUAAUUAUAAAUUUCUGCAUUUGCAGGAAGUGGAACUUCCAGUACAAUACUUAAUGAGGCUGCUGCAAGAGCCCUAAAGAUUUUGUGAAAGCUGAACUGUUUGCCAAAUAGAGAAAUGGUGUACAGUUCAAACUGUGACCGAUACUUAAUGUUUUAGAGAGGUGAAGUGAGAUGCGUCACCCUGACUCAGUGCAUUAACACUGUAAGUUAGAACAGAACUGAUGCAGUCCAUUUUUUUUUCCAAGCAUGAUGCUGCAUUUUCUUUCCAUCUGAAGCUUCAAAAUGCCUGCAAAUGUCUGUACUAAUAAAACCUGUAAAAGUUGUAAGCUCCAUCCUGAAUGUAAGUGGCGGGGAAAAUGAUGAUGACUCUGAUCAGAACUGGAAACCACCAGAAAAUGACCUGAUCCAGAAGUUAAUAGCACAGAUUGAAUACUAUUUCUCAGAUGAGAACCUUGAGAAAGAUGCCUUCCUUCUAAAGCAUGUGAGAAGAAAUAAGAUGGGCUACGUCAGUGUUAAACUCCUCACUUCUUUUAAGAAAGUAAAACACCUUACUCGUGACUGGAGAACCACAGCCCAUGCACUGAAGUACUCAGACAUGCUUGAGCUCAACGAUGAUAACAGAAAGGUUAGAAGAAAUACACCAGUUCCAGUGUUUCCAAGUGAAAACCUCCCUACCAGGAUGUUACUUGUGUAUGAUAUCCACAUGAUUUCUGAACUGCAGGGUUUUAACAAACAAGAAAACGGGUGUAUACAAGAAAGGGUAAUGGAGUACCUCCUCAAAGCCUUUGUAACUUUUGGUGUAAUUUCAUCAGUUCGUAUUCUCAAGCCUGGUAGGGAUCUACCACCUGAUAUCAGGAGGUUCAGCAGUCGGUAUACGCAAAUGGGAACACAAGAAUGUGCAAUUAUAGAAUUUGAAGAAGUAGAUGCUGCUGUACAGGCUCAUGACUUCAUGUGUGCUGAAAAGAAAGAGACUGGCAUGAAAGUUGUCUUGAUAGGCAUGAAACCUCCAAAGAAAAAGGUUCCUAAAGACAAGAACCGUGAUGAAGAUACCAGCAAGAGUGUUAAGAAGGUUAGAUCCCUUAAUAAGAGAGUUGAGGCACUUCAGUUUACUGGUGAUGAAUCAUCAGCAAAUAGCUCUUCUGAGCCAGAGAGUAAUCCUACAUCACCACUGUCAGGACGCAAAAGUACUGUGACAAGUACUACAAGUAAGUUGAGUCCUGUCAUUCACCCAAACAACCAUCUGAGUCCUAACGUAUCGCCCAGAUCAAGUCCUUGGAACAGUCCAUCCUCGCUAAGAAAAGUGACCAAAAAGUCCCCACUGGCUGAAGACGGCAAACUUAACCCAAGUACUAGCCCUGAAAUUCCAAGAAAAUCUACAGAUUAUUCUUCAGAUAGCAGUAUUACACCUUCUGGUAGUCCCUGGGUACAGAGAAGAAAAGCUCAAACUAUAACACAAGAGAAGAGUCCGGUCAGUAGCCCCAUGUUAGCUCGGAAAAUACAAACUGCAGAUGGUCUACCUGUAGGGGUGCUGCGGCUGCCUAAAGGUCCUGAUGGCACUAAAGGAUUCCACAGUGGCUGUGAAAGAAGGAAAGCUAUGAAGAAUGAAUAAAUCCUUCUUUAAAAAUAAUUUCACAAGUCAGUCAAGUUCUUUUGUUCAAGCCUGGUGAAAGACUGUCACUUAAGUGACUGUGUUAAGUCAGUAUUUAAUUUUUAAACAUUUUAUAUUCAUAUGGAGACUUUAUCAUUUGUAUAUUUGUAUUUUCACUUCACAGAAUCACAGCAUAGUUAAGAUUGGAAGGCAUCACUGGAGAUCAUCCAGGGCACCUCUCCUGCUCAAGCAGGGUCAGCUGCAGCAAGACACUUAGCACCAUGUCCAGUUGUGUUCUGAGCAUCUGCAAGGACAGAGACUGCCCGAGCUCUCUGGGUAACCCAUUUCAGUGUUCAAAUACCCACACAAGAAAAUAAAAUAAAAAUUGUUUCCUUAUGUUCAGAUAGAAUUUCCUGUGUUCGGUUUGUGCCCCUUUUCCUUUUAGUAGGAAGAGCCUGGCUAUAUCUUCAUUCCUUCCCCUCAGAUAAUUAAAUGCAUUGAUGAGAUCUCCCUGAGCCUUUUCCAGUCUAAACAGCUUCAGCUCUCUCAUCCUCUCAUAUGAGAGAUGCUCCGGUACUUUAACCAUUUUAUGCACUUACCUACUACAGUACCCUUAUCUGCACUUUUUUUGUGUUAGUCUGAAAUGCCUGAAUAUUGAAGCAGGCAUCUAAUAUCAUUAACACAAUUACAUUGUGUUAAUUGAAGAGCAGUGCGUCACUGUUUCAUGUUCAGCAGUUGUAUUACGAUAAGCUUGGUAUGAAUUCCUCUUAAAUCAUAACAAACAUAAGUUUUGAAGACUUUCUGGGUUUGCCUCUAACUGAGAAACGUGCUACAGCGAGCAGUUGCUCUCUGCUUGCGUGUCUCUCCAAAGUCACUUGUUUAAUAGGACCAAAGUGCUUGUUUUCCUGUGAAGACUCUGAACGUGGAAGACUGUUUUGUAAGUUUUACCUCAUGUAAUCAGAUGGAAAUAAACUAAAUACUAACUCA